CUCUGUCAGCUUCAAUUCUCCUUAGCUUCAUGGUGUUCACAGUGACAAGCCAUCUCUACUUCUGGGAUGUGUGGUAUAGCUAUCAUUACUGCGCUGCCAAGCUGAAGGGCUAUCAGCGUUUAUCUUUACCAGAUACUUGCUAUGAUGCUUUUGUUGCCUAUGACAAUGAAGAUCCGGCUGUGAAUGAGUGGGUGAUGAAAGAACUGGUUGAAAGGCUGGAAGACCAAAAGGCCCGGCAGUUCAACCUAUGCCUGGAGGAAAGGGACUGGCUCCCAGGACAGCCAGUCUUUGACAAUCUUUCCCAGAGUAUUCAGCUGAGCAAAAAGACCGUAUUUGUGCUGACCAACAAAUACAUUAAAAGUGGCAGCUUCAAGACAACAUUUUACAUGGCUCACCAGCGGCUUCUAGAUGACAAAAUAGAUGUCAUUAUCUUGAUAUUUCUUGAGAAGGUUUUGCAGAAGUCUCGCUAUGUCCGGCUGAGGAAGCGGCUGUGCAGAAGUUCUGUCUUGGAAUGGCCAACUAACCCUCAAUCUCAGCCCUACUUCUGGCACUGUCUGAAAAAUGCCAUAGCUAUGAGCAAUUCGCUGGCUUACAACAAGCUUCUUCAAGAAACUGUUUAG